AUUUUAAUUUUGUCGUACUCUAAGGAGUCGUUUAAGGCUUAGUAACGAUGGGAGUGCCAAAGUUUUAUAGGUGGGUUAGUGAACGAUAUCCAUGUCUGAGUCAAGUCAUUCAAGAACAUCAGGUGAGAUUGAAGCUGAUAACCAGACAGCUGAGUAAGAUCAAGUUUUUAUAUCAAAAAUCUACUCAGAUCGAGCUUGUGUUUCCUUAGCUUAUAUUGUGUAACGUGUUUUAAUAUUUUCAGAUUCCUGAUUUUGACAAUCUUUACCUGGACAUGAACGGCAUCAUUCACCCAUGUUCUCACCCAAAUGACGAUGAUCCUCAUUUUAGAAAAAGCGAAGAGGAUAUUUUUGCUGAUAUUUUUCAUUACAUAGAAGUAAGCUUAGAUACGUGCUCACCUUCUUUGGUCUAUAUUAUUUACUAGCAUCUAAGAGGAAAUAUAUUUUGCAUCCCUUUAUAUUAAGUUUUAUGUUAUGUAAUUGCUACCAUUAUUUUAAUAUUUGCAUGCCCCUAGUGUACUUUAUAAAAUAACUAAGAUUUUACGCGCGUUCUGAUUGGUUUAAAACCUAUGGUUUAUUGUGCCGGUAAACUCAUAGAAAACUUCAAGUUAUUUUAUAAAAGCAAUAGACCACACUUUCUAUGGGUUUACCGGCGCGAUAACCCACUUAGGAUGCUGGGAGAACACUCUAAAAGCUUCUAAAUCACUUGCCUUUGGCUUGUGAUUUACAAGCUUUUCUUGUGUUUUCCCAACAUCCUGCAUGGGUUAUCACGCCGGUAAACCCAUAGAAAGCGUGGCCUAUUGCUUAAGUUACCUGAUAUAACUUACUCAUGUCUCGUUGGUAUAUGGGUACUGUUGUUUAUUAGGUGUUGGUGAAGUUCUAUGCACAAUAAAAUAAAGUAUUAAAUUCAAAAAAGAUUCCAUCAAAACUUAAAUUAAAAUUCAAUUUGCUGGACCUAGAUAGACCUUUGGCUCCAGAUUUAAAAUAAUUAUUAUUUAAGAAAAGUUUGGGGCUUACUGUACAUUACUUUUCCAAACUGAUUGAAAACACAAGAUCUUUUGUACUCAAUUUAGUGCCUAGAACACUGGAAAUUGCACUUUAGGGCAUUGAAAUUUUCUACAUUUUCUAGGGAAGCAUGCCCCCAGAACCCUCUAGAACAACCUUGGGGACUAAAAGCCUUUUCUUGAUACAGUCUGUUACUUUUUUCAAACCUGCUGACUACCUCAAUUUUUAUUGAAACCCCCUGGAGGGAUGUGCAGACAAUCUCAUGUUAAAUGCUACUUUUUGAUAUGCAAACAACUGCCAGUUGGAAAGGAAAAUGUGUAUAUUGGUGAAGUAAAUUAUAAGAGGUUGCUCAUGGUUAUUUUUCAGACACUCUUUCAUUUCAUUUGACACCGUGUGACUGCACAAUGCAGUCCUUAUGACUGUUAGUCAACAAUAUUAACCAGCUGAUCACUACAGUUGCCAAUAGCUUAAUAGUCAGAGCAUCUGACUUGUGUCUGGACUCUGGAAGGUCUUGGGUUCAAUCCCAAUGUGGAACCCUUAUUUUCUGAGUUCUUCUCUCUGCACAUAAUUGUCAGUCCACUUACAACUCUUAUUUUUUCUUUGAUGUAUUAAUUUUGUUCUCCUGCUUUUGCUUUGUAUUCUUUCCACAUAAGGUGCUGUUCCGUAUUAUUAAACCCAAAAAGGUGUUUUUUAUGGCUGUCGAUGGUGUAGCUCCUCGUGCGAAAAUGAAUCAACAAAGAGGGAGACGUUUUCGGUAAUUUGUUGUAGUAAUAUUGUUUUCUUCCUUUUUUAUUAUCCAGAUACCAAUAAAAGAAGAUAAACUACAUGUUGUGUAUUGUUGAUGUAGUAUUUUGUUGUGAUAAAAGCCAAUAUGUUGUGUUGCUGUUACCAGUGUUGUGGAUAUGACAUUAUAUUCUGGAAGUUGUCAAACGUUUGUACUGCUUGUGUUUGUUUUUAUUUCAAGGUCUGCUAAAGAAGCAGAAGAUAACAUUCGCAAAGCUUUGGCGAAAGGACAGGUUCUCCCAAAAGAAGAGAGAUUUGAUUCAAAUUGUAUUACUCCGGGUAUGGACAUGUACAUGUACAUCAUUGUGUCACUGUAUUUAGCCUGUGUGUGUAUAUGUUUGACAGAAGAACUACUUUUUUCCCAUAAUAUUUUCUGGCAGUACAUGGCAAACAGGUCUUUGACCUUGUAAUGAAAUGGUUAAUUUGUGACACAAAUGACUGAAAUCACAACUGUUACAGUAAUCAGCAGUUAUAAUUGCUGCUCGUGUUGGUUAAGUGAGGCAAGGUUUUAUUUUUAUUUCCUGUUAGGUACUCCAUUCAUGGUGAGACUUCAUAAGCAGUUAAAAUUUUUUGUUAAUUACAAGAUCUCCACUGACCCUGCUUGGCAAGGAUUAAGAAUCUACCUGUCAGGACAUGAGGUAUGAGUAGUUGUGACAAAUUUUUGCAUAAGCAGGAUACUGAAUUCAUUACAGAUUCCAUAGCUUUCAACAAGUCCUAACAUCCACAGGUGCUAAACAUUCUGUUGUGAACCACCUCUCAGUUACUUUGCCCUGGUUAUCAAUUGAAUACUUAUUAGAAUAAUCUGAAAUCGCCACCUACAUGUACUGUACUUUGAGUGUGUGUGUUGAUUUGAAACAGAUACACCUGUAAUAGUCCUAACAGGUAACAGUUGGUAGUCUGCAAAAAUUGACUAUCAACAUCCUAGGCCUCCUUGAAACAUCACUGUUUAAUCCAACCUAAAAUUUAUAAAAGAAUAUUGACAAUGAGUAAAGCUGAAGUUCUUGACUGUUUUGAAUAAGCACUUCUUUUUAAUCAAAUAACAGUGUAGAGUUUUCUCUAUGCCUGUUGGUGUGAGGAUUCUAUCUUUAUUUUUAAAUAUUUUCAGACACCAGGUGAAGGAGAGCAUAAGAUUAUGGAGUUUAUCAGGUCAGAAAAAGUGAAAGUUGACUAUGAUCCCAAUACCAGACACUGUUUGUAUGGAUUAGAUGCUGAUCUGGUAAGUGAUCAACUACUGGUGAUUAUGACAACAUCAAUUCAUACCCAAAAGUCGCAGUCAUGCAUCGUCAAGUACAAGUAUCCAAUGUUCUGACCUCUUUGAGACAAAAACAUAGAAGAAACCAGUCUGUGACCAAAAAAAAUAAAAAAAAACUGGUGUAUGCAACUGUCAAUUACUCCAUUAUCAACACAGCACCACAGUUUUUUGGGAAACCAUAUCCUGUUUUCCUUUGUGACAAAAAGAGACUGCCUUUAACUGGAAAAUGAGGGAACUGGAACAGAAAACAGAUCUAGAAUUAAAACUGACUUGCUUGGGUUUUAAGGAAGACACCUUUUUGGGAUGGAACAUGAAUUAUUUUUGUUAGUUUCUUUAUCUCUCUGUAAUUUCCCUUAGGAAAUUAGACAAAAGAUUGGUUUGCUUGAAACUCAUUAAUUUUGUGAAAACUAUUUUUGUUAACUUUUCCUUUUUGGCAUCAUUUAUUAAUUUUCACUGUUCUGGAAAAAAGUAACAUGAUAUUAAUCAAAUGUUACAGGUACCUGGGCAAUUGCCUGAAAAUCAUAAUAGAUGUUCAACCAUUAUGUAUUCCCCAAGUGCCAUUUUUUAAGAGCAUGUUUUGAUGCCGGGAUAAGUGUUGGGUUUACAUGUAACUAAAAAGAUACUUUCUUAACAACACUCAAUAUUACAAUGUACUUUUUGUUUUUGCUUUGUAGAUUAUGCUUGGACUAUCAACACAUGAACCCCACUUUUCCCUGCUUCGUGAGGAAGUGAGAUUUGGAAAAGCAGCAAAAAGGUUAAUUUGUGCAGAAAAGAAAGUUAUUCAAACACUCAUUCCAGAGCAAAUUGGAAUUUAAACAUGUUGGUUUUUAAGAUGACAAACUAGAGCACUAGGAGAAAAACCUCUUGCAUCAAGGAAAAGAACUAAUAACAAACCACUCAUAGAUGGUGCUAGCCUGCAAGUACAGUUUUCUUUUCUUGUUCCUUGCUGCCAGGGACGUUUCGUUGGAGAGACGUCUGUGAUUUGGCCCCCAAAAUUCCACGCUGAUGACGUAAAUUUGUCUGGACUCUUGUCAGCAAGAGCUCAUUGGUUGACAUACUGGGACUUAUUUUAUUCUUUUAGCUAUUAAAGAAUGAACUCAAACAAAUCUUGAACCCCAUGAUUACCAGAUUACUAUUAUGCAAACAUUGAUAUACGUAACCAGUAUGAAAUUUUUUGGGCACAAUCCUCCUUGAAAUGUCCCUAGCGGUGAGGAGUGAGAUGUCCCUAGCGGUGAGGAGUGAGGAAAGAGCAGGCCAGUAAUAUGGCAUCAAACUUGGAUUUGAACCCAGACCAUAUUGUUAGGAGGUGACUGCUCUCAUCACUAUGGCACUGUCCCUGCUCCUCAGAAGGAGAGUUUGUUAAGUUUGUACUUCCCAUAAUUAUUAUUGUUGUGUUUGUAUCAAUCACUUACAGAAUAACAAAACCUGAAAAGACUACAUUUCAUCUUCUUCACUUGUCACUGUUCAGAGAAUACAUAGACUGGGAAUUCAGUGAAUUAAAGGUACUCAUUAAAAACUCCAGGCCAGCUCUACAUCAAGUAUAACAGAUUCUCUGUAGAAAUCACACAUGUGGCACUUAUUUAUGUGUAUGUGUGCUCUACACUCGGUCAGUUUUGUCCCUGUCCAUUGGUAGGUUUUAAAACACCCCAUCAUCAUAGAAGUAAUUGUCCCUUUAAAUUGUUGCAGUUUGCACCAGUUCUCAGUUUAUAGCCUUAGAAAGUGGAUUGUAGAAACACAAUAGGCAAUCUUAAAAGGGGGCUGGGGCAAGAUAGGCCCAGGGCUGUCUCUAAGAGCUGGGGGGGGUUGCUAUAAACAACAAAAGGAAAAUGGAACCAAAAUGACUUCCUGUCUGUUCUUCCAUUCGCUGCUGAGUAUUUGCAUACACCCGGCAAUUUGAAAUCUUAGUGACAGGCCAGAGGCUCAUUUGGCCUGUGUGGUUAGCCAAUCAGAACACAGGAUUUUCUUCAUCUUACUCCCUUUCAAAGCUAGUCAUAAUUAUUAUAAAUAAUUGUAUUGUACUUUUUUUGUAAUGAUAUGAUCAGUCAGUCUAUUAAAUAGUAUUGAUGUUAUUUUUUUAACAGAGCAAAUUACCCUUCGCCUAUGACCUUGAGAGGAUCAUAGAUGAUUGGGUUCUUAUGGGUUUUCUGGUUGGGAAUGAUUUUAUCCCACAUCUGCCAAACCUCCAUAUUAACCAUGUAAGUAACGAAUAUAAAAAAACUUUGCACAAUAAUUGGUAGAUAAUACAGAUAUAACAGUUAAUAGAACUAUAAUUAUGUCACCUUGAUUCAUUCUUUAAUUGGUAAUAAUCUAGCUGUAACUAGAAUCCAAAAUUUGAAACCCAAUACCUAAGUUAUUGUUUGUUUUUGAUUGAUGAAUUAUGCUGUUGUAAUUAGUUUUGUAAUCAAUUUGUUACUUGUAGUUUUUUUAAACUUUUUUCCACACAUUUCAAACCUUAUCACUAGUUUAAGAGAGUUGGUAAUCACCUUUUUGGAGUAAAUUGAUGUGAUACAAAUACAGAUAACAGCCGUAUUUUACCUGCAAUUAGUUUGUAGAAACCUCUCUUACAUGUCAGUAUUUUAUGACCCACCAGGAUGCCUUGCCAUACUUGUACAAAGUUUACAUUGAAGUUAUGCCUUCUCAAGAUGGUAACUAUACAGUAUUCUGUAUUUUGUUUUACAGCAUUAGCUAUACAUGUACAUGUACUAAUUAUGACUGGUAGUUCAUUUUUAUUAAGUAUAAAAGUCUUAAAAUGGAAGAAAAUUGCAAUGAAAAACUGUAGUUUUCAAAAGUGCACUGUUGCAAAUUUAAUGCUAUGACCACCUCAUUGAGAAUUAGUCAGGCAUGAAAUUUUGUGUGCAUUCUUUUUUUCCUUUACCUCCUUGUUUUGCAAAGUGAUGAAGUUGGCACUGAUUUUAAGUAACAAUUUUAUCUCAAAUUGUUUCAAAGGUUAUCUUCAUGACGGUGGAAGACUCAUAUUAACCAGAUUUGAGAAGUACCUGGUUGCUUUAUCUAAGGUAGAGUUUUCAAGUUGUGAUGAUAGUAGCUUGCCUUCAGGGUCGUUUUUCUGUAAAAUUAUAUCUGAAGCCACAUGUACUUUCUGUAGCUGUAGUUGUGAGACUGUUCAGGAUGUGUCGAUGCCAAGAAAUUUAAAGGAAAUCUAUUUUUUUUAUAAAGCCUUGUUUAAAGAAUAGUUUUACCAAACAGUCUUAUUUGUCAUCUGCAUGAUAAUUUAAAGAUUUUGAAUAAUAUGUUGGUAAGAGGGCUAAUUUAAGCCUUUUUCUCCCACAGUUUGACAGAGAUCAGUUUGAAGAGAAGUUUGUUGAUAUGAAAUGGUUUGAAAGUAAGAAAGGUUUUACAUUUGGAAACAAUCCAGUGGAGUCAGAGGUAUUUAUGGAGUAUUCUGCUUAAGGGCUCUGCUUAAUGAAAGUAAGUCAUACAUCUCACUUAGCUAUGUUGUGUUAUUCCCUCGUAUGUCUUACAAAGGAAGACGAUUCUUUGCUGACUUUAAACAACAGUUUUGCUGCAUUGGAGUUAAUACCUGGAGAUACUGUGAAAGCAAAAAAACCAGACAGGAAAAUGAACCCUGAACUUGAAAAGCUGGCAAGAAAGUUUGAUGACGAGUUAAGCGAUGAAGAAGAGGAUGUUUUUGAGACUGAAUUUGCAAUGCAUAAAAGAGACUAUUACAUGGGAAAGAUGGGAUAUGAACAAGUCACCAGGUAAACUCUGUGAUAUUUAACAUUUAAACUUAUUUCAUCUUGUAGAUAGGGAUACUGGCAUCCACAUGUAUACUGUGUAGGGGUGUCAAUAAGCACUGAUGACCAAUGCAAUGCUUCAGGUACUUUCCUCAGAGAAGUUGGCUACUUUAUUCCCCCUUAUUGAAGCAGGAAAUGAUUAUUGAAUUAAAGAAAUAUUCUGUCAAAACUUAAAUUAGAACAGUCAUAAAACUAAAGGGAAUUAGGCAUUAAUUAAUUAAUUGGCAUUAAUUGACCUUAGUUGCUCACAUUUUGCAUAAAGUGCAAUGUUAACUACUCUUGGUUAUUCUGUUCGUAUUCAUUGAUUUCCAGGAAAUGUAUUAACAUGCAAACUGCCAAUACAUUAGUGUAUUACUGAUCAGUAAAAUUGUAAAAAAAUAAGAUUAUCUUUUGUACUCAAUUUAGUACCCACAAAGCUGAAAAUCACUUUUUAGGGCUUCGAAAUUUCUAAAUUUUCUGGGCGAACACUCCACUGACCCCCUAGAAAAAGGGAUCUACCCACCUUUCGUUAAUACAGUUGGUUACUCUAUUCAAACCUGUUGGCUACAGUACCCCUGUAUGUGUAUCAUCACUUGUUGCUCUUUAUCUCAUCUGGAGUGCUAUUUGCAUUAAUAAGGUGAAGCAGUCUGUUAUACACCCUGCUAUAACUGUACCAUGAUUCUUAUUUCAGAGAUGUGCUAGCAGAGCAGACGUUCCAGUAUGUUAAGGGAAUCCAGUGGAUUCUAUUGUACUAUUUCAGUGGAGUACCCUCUUGGAGUUGGUAAUAAUGUUUUUUAUGAACAUGUAUUGAAAUCGUGUAUUUCACAACCCAUUUUCUGGUUAGCAUAGUUUAUUAUCUUCCUCCAGACAAUUAAUGUACGCAUGAUACAUUUCGUAGUUACAAACUCGCUAAAUCUACAGCUAUGCAUAAAUAUCUAAAUUUACAUCUAACAUGAAAUUACUACUGGUCAACAAGUUCGGCUAGAAGUGAGAUGUCGACUUACACAAUUUGAAAGGAAAUCAUAGAAGUCCCUUUUAAACAAUGAAAAAUAACUUUAAAAGUACUCUAAAUGUAGGUUUAAUAAUUCAUCAUAUGUCUGAGAUCAAUAUGUUAGUCAACUUACUCAUUGUAUCUUUGUAUUUUAGGUUUUAUCCUUUUCAUUAUGCUCCCUACAUGUCUGACAUAAGGAACUUUGGUGAAAUGUUGAUCCAGUUUGAGUUGUGCACUCCUUUCCUUCCAUUUGAACAGCUUCUUGCUGUAUUACCUGCUGCCAGCCGACAACUCUUGCCAAAACCAUUCCAGGUGCUUUUUCAUUCGUACAAAUGAUUUUAGGUUUUUUUUUAUACUUGACUUUACGGAGGUAGAAAACAUACUGUGUGUGUACAGUUUAGUUGGUCAAAAGCACUCCACUUCUAUUUCAUAUACAACUGCUUUAGAACAGUUACCGGUAACUGUCUGUCUCCAUGGUUUAUACCUGGCACGACAUAUUUUGGCUGGUAAAAUUAAUAUUGUGAAGUAGUAUCAAGAAAUCAUACUUGAUGAAUGCAGAGCCAACAAAUGAAAGAGGAAAGGACAUGCUUACAGAGUGCAAAUUAAUUAUCAUGUGCCUAGAUUUAAAACUUCUUAGUUAGAGCUGGGAAAAUCACGAUAGGACUAAUGAUAGUUCAGAUAAAAUAACACACGAAAAGCGUUAUAAAGCCUUAUGCAUAUAGAAGCAAUAACAACAGAACGAUAUAGGAAAAGAAACUUACUUACACACAAUUAAGUAAGAUACCCAAGACCCUUCGUACAGUAGCGGAGUAAAGUAAUGUUUGUAUUCACUACUAGUGCAACUCGACCGAUUUUUAGAAGAGAGAGAAGGUUAUAAGACAAAGAUAUUAUGGCACAUAUAAACUGUUGUAUGCAAUAGUGGUUAGAGGACAGUUCUUGUACCGUGUGAUCAAACUGGCAUGCAAGGCGGUGGUGAGAAGACAGGGCUGAAGCCUGAUACCUUGCCAAAAAUAGAGAAAGUUGAGUCUUGAGAAAGGGAAAUAUGGAGAAGAAUGGGUUACAAAUAUUGAUGAAUAACAGUUAAUUUGUUAUCCCUUCCGCAGUGCCCUACUGUACACUUUUCACAUUUAACAAACAAUAAUCAGACAUGACUGACCAUCUAGCGAUUUAACCAGCCAAUAACCUUUUGACCAGCCGUUGUCCAUUUACCAUCCCUAUGUGUCUUUAGCCCUGGUUUUGUUUGAGUGUUUGUAAUAACAGGGGUAUGGUGCAAAAAGUAAACUGUCUGGUUAUGGUCAAUUUUUUAACAGAACUUGAUGAUCAUGGAACAGUCAGAGAUUAUAGAGUACUAUCCGGUGAAUUUCAAGACAGACUUGAAUGGUAAACAACAAGAGUGGGAAGCUGUUGUGUUGAUUCCCUUCAUUGAUGAGGUUGGUUUACCAAUGCAGUCUUUACACUGAUGCACUGAUGCUUAACAUUAUUCAUUUCGGUACAUUUUGUCGUGGUUGUCAAUGCAUGGUUGUUAUCUAAGGUUGUGUUAACACCGUGUCUGUAAUCUACUUUUUUUUCAUUUGUUUUAAAGAAGUCUAAUGCAUUUUAACUGUUUACCCGAAUAUGUCAUGUGUGUGUUUUGAUUUGUUCAUUAAUACCUGACGGGGUGGUGGGGGGAGGGGGUGGAGGGGGGUGUGGUUUAUUUAAGUCAAGCAUAGUUUUGUGUUCACAAUAGUUAUGUGUGACAAAGUGGAAUUACUUUUUUUUCUUCUCAGCAAAAGCUGCUUGAUGCCAUGUCACCUCUGUAUUCAAGGUUAACAGAAGAGGAGUUGAAUCGUAAUAAACAUGGCCCUUGUUUAUUGUACACUUAUGAUUCAGCCCUAAACUUUCCUGUAUCAUCAUCACUGCCUGGAAAGUUUCCUGAUCUUUCCUGCUGCCAUGCUAGGUAUGAGUUCUUGUGACAUGAACACAGUGACACACUACGGUUUUGGGUAUUAUUAAUGACUUUGAAGGGGACAGACGGCAAAUAAUUGUUAUGGCUGGAAAUGUCUACAUGUAAUAUUUGUUCAUCAUUAGGAUGCCUUAACUGCAAUUCCACAAUUGGUCUGAGAUCUAUUAAAUUCUAUACCAGUAGUAAUUAUUUAUUGUAGAACAUUUUAGGAGGAGCCACCCACAAUGCGAGCAGAGUUACUGGAAGGCCCAUGAGUUAUGAAAAAAAGCAAAAUAAUUGCAGUUCAUUAAAUGAUGACUUAAUGCAUACAGGUCUUUGUCCAUUAAAUAAGUUAAUGAAGUAAAUGUGCAUUAUUGAAUUCUGCUGUGCACACAAACUAUAUCAGCUGACAGGAUGAAAGAAUUAAAUAAAAAAAUGAUACAGGGGUUUAUUCAACGAUAGAGUGCUAGCUUUUUCUGAAAAGUAUGUUAGAUUAAAGACUAUGAAGAAAAGGUAUUGGCUGCUACGUUGUAAUCAUGUUUUCUGUUUGUUAGGUGUGAGGUUCUUGACAAAGACAUCUUUCAUGUGGAUUUGAAGCACAUGCAUAGAGGUGUGUCCAUCUACAAUAAACUUCUGGGCUAUCUUUGAAAUCAGAUUGUUUUGAUAAGUUUGUAAUUAAACUAGAUGACCCAAGUUACCGCCGUUUUAGACAGAAAUCAGCUGGUUCAAUCUUCAGUGGGAAAGCUGGAUGAUUUGAAGCUGAAUUUAAAUUUAGCACAUUCCUUUCAUAUUAAGUCACCUGUUUAGUCCUUUCCUGACAGGACAAUGAGUGCAAUAUAUUAUUUUGUUCUUGCAGGUCUCUGUGAGGGAGUCAAACUUGAUGUGUUUUACCCUGGAUUUCCAACCAUGUACCAUGUGGCCCAUGAGGUACUAAUGCGUUUUCUUUUUUGGAAAAAGUUAAACUUGUUUAUUGGUUUAUCAUAAAGAUUUAGGUUUACUUUCAGGAUACACUUUCUCAUCAUGAACAAGUUGGGUAUCAUAGUCGUCUUUCAAAUUAGGAGAUGCUGACGUCAGAAGUUGCUUCAAUGGGUUAAGCCAGCGGUGCCUUGUAACUUGUAUUUACACCAUAAGUAAUGUUCUCUGACGUCAUGAGGGGCUGCAAUGGGUUAAGCCAGCAGUGCCUUGUAACCUGUAUUUACACUGUCAUUAAUAAUGUUUUAGUAACUCAUUUGCUGUUUGUGAUUCAGGCGGAGCUCAGGAAGGCAAAUGUAAAGGUAUUUCAGAUGCAUAGCAAAGGCAAAAGUAUGAUUCUUCAGAUCACUCCAUCACAGCAAGAGGUGAGCUGGUAUUGUUUAUUAUACAAUUUGCUGCAAUAGAAUUACUGGGUGUCCUUAGUUUGGCCCUGAGUAUAGUACAGUACUUUUUCAACUGUACAGUUUCUUGGUCUUUGGUUUGUCUUGCUCUUCCUUUCGUCAUUAAAUUUAACGUUUGAAAUGAUUACCUUCAUGUGUUUAAUACUUUGAUAGAAAUAUAAAAUUUUUUAAUGCUUGUCAUUAGUAUUUAACAAACAUUCUUCAAGGUCUUGAGCGUCAUUUUCCAUCAAUGAAUGUUAUUUUUUGUUGUGUCAGGUUUCAUCAGAAGAAAUAGCAGAGCAUCUGCUGGGUGAAACAUGUUAUGUUGGCUGGCCUCACAUGGUUGAAGCACUGGUUAUGGGUGUUUGUGACGGAACCAAAAGGUAAAAUAUGUCCUUUUUGUCAUUAUAAACAUAUUAAUGUCUUUAUUUAUUUGGUGACCUGUAUAUGUGUCAACCAGCCAGAAGCAGCACUACCCAGUUCUGGGGUUAUUGGCUGAAGAGAAACAAAGUAUGUUCACAAUUACAGAAUCCAGCUAAAUAUUUUUGUUUAACAGAUACUCUUUACAAAAGAAGACUUCACAAAAUUCCACAAAGGAAAUAAAAGAGGAGGUAUUGACAGAGGUUCAAGUUAAAAGUUUUAGACAUCAAGUCAAGACUAUGGCAGAAACGUAAGUAUUGCGUUGUCAAAAGCCCCCUCCUUUGUACGUAUAUCCUUUGUUUCAAAGAGUCCAGAACGCUGCAGCUAGGGUUGUUACCUUUUCUUCUAAGUUAAGCCAUGUUACCCCUGUACACCAAGAACUUCAGUGGCUGCCAGUGAGAUUUUGUAUUUCUUUUAAUCCUUUUUAAAUCUUUGCUUGGUCAGUCACCCUAGUAUAUAAGGAAUUUAAUUUCAGUAAGGAAUCAAUCUGCCCAUCAGUUGCGAUCAUAUGAUGGAUUACUUCUAGAUUUCCCUCGUGGGAAGGUGUUGUCAUCUUUCUGAGACAGAGCUUUUUCUGUUGCUGCUCCCACAUUGAGGAAUGCAUUACCCACCUUGUUAAGGAAAUCAAAAACAGUUCAACAGUUUUAAUUCUUACUUAAAACAUAUCUUUUUAAACUAGCCUUUAAUUCUCAGUAUUUUUAAUUUUAUUUCUUUAAAAAUUUUAUAAGGUUUUUAGAAUUCAUAAUGUAUUGCGCCUUUGAUUACUGCAUGUUAAAAGGUGCAAUAUAAGUAAUAAUAAUAAUAAUAAUAAUAAUAAUUAUUAUUAUUAUUAUUAUUAUUUAUUUAUUUAUUUUUUUUUGUCAGGCACUUGGAGAGAAGAGGAAUAGAGAUUGGAGAAACCAGAGUCAUCGUUGACGCUUGUCCCAUCAGGGGAAAACGGUUAGCAAUAUAUUAUUGAAGUUGCUUUUACUUUUGAGAAGUAAUUUGGUGUACACUAUUCCAUGAACCCUGUAAGCGACUGUUAAGAUGUAUACUAAAAUCGCCUUUUGUUUUCCUUCUUGUUUUCUUUUGUUAUUUUAUAAAAUACUUUACAGUGUAAAAGGAAAAUUAGCGCUGAUAUCAUGUUAUCGUAGUCAAGUAUCAUCGAUCGUUGCUUUAUUAAAGCCUGUAGUUUUUAAGAACUUCCUUAAGUAAUAGCCAUAACUGAUGAAACAAAAGUCUGAUGACUGUUAUAGAGUAAAUUAAAGGUCUUAUUAGGAAAACUGACACAAACAAAAAUGUACUUAUAAGCCGCAUUGUACAAGCAUUUGCAAUAUGUAUCUCCCUUUGAGGCUUGUUCGUUUGCUUGUUUUCAAGGAACGAUUUUCAUUUCAUAACCCCGAGGUAUAAAUACACUAUUGAUUUGUCUUUGUGUUUGUAGAUAUGUAUGUGGAGCCAAAGGUCUGGUUACCAUGGAAAAAGAAUGGACACCAAAUCCAAUAUCUUAUCCUCACCAACUGACAGUCAAGGUAAUUCUUUUCACUUCUUUUGCAGGUACUUCCUAUAUAACUAACAAAUGUCUGAUAUUAUAUCAUUCUAGCUGCAUCGAAAGAGCAAUGAUUUUAUUUCUUUAUCUUUUUCUACGAAAUCUUUUACAUUGUUAACAAGUGUUCGAUUGUCCACACUGCUUACAAAAAGGAAUUUAUAAAAUAAAAAUAACAAUGCAUCAAUGUGUAUAACGGAAGAAGCAAAGUGUAGCUUUUAAGAGUUGUAUUUCAAGUAAAUGUUAUGAAGGGUUCCAUUUAGUGUCAGCAGUUGACUUGACCCAGAGAAGGUGUUUAUAUUUCUGUUUUCUGGGAAGAUCAAAUUUCAGGCUUCUGUCCUGCUACCCUAAGCUUUAUUUAGUACAUAGAGUAAGAGACAAAGGUUUUAUACAAUUUUUGUUUCUGAGUGUUUUCUUUCGUGUUCACUUGACUGUUCCGGCAAAAAGCCGCAAAUAUGGCAUUAAGAAGAGCUACGUUUCUAACAAAAGAAGCCCGGAUAUUCAUAGGAAGUACAGUUCACAACGCAAACUUAAACUUUUAAACCUGUGGCUGGGCUUUGCAGGAGUUUCGUAUUAUAGAAAAAUUGAGAAAUGCGGCCUUUGCUUUUCUUGUUUGUUUUAAAGGAUAUCCAUGUACAUGAGACACACGAGGAUGAUAAAAUUCACACUGUUGAAGAACUCUUUCCUGUUGGAUGUCAGUGCUUCAUGUUAGCUUCACCGUAUUAUGGUGCUUCCGGAGAAGUGAUAGAGGUUGACGUAAAGCAGUCACGUGUCAGAGUGCAGCUUAGUGUCCCUGUGGAACCAGACAUAAUGUCUGUCAUUGACCAACAUCAGGUAUUGAAGUUAGCUUAGUGUCCCUGUGGAACCGGACUUCAUGUCUAUCAUUGACCAACAUCAGGUACUGAAGUUAGCUUAGUGUCCCUGUGGAACCGGACUUCAUGUCUAUCAUUGACCAACAUCAGGUACUGAUGAUAGUUCAGUGUCUCUGUGGAACUGGACAUGUUACAUAAAUCACCAUCUUCAGACUAUAUAAUACCAUUGUUAGACGAGUUAGUUGUUCCUUGAAUACGUGGUUCAUACAGUUAUUAAUAUUCUGUAUUGACCGAUGACCUUUUUGUUCUAUCAGGGCUUGUCGUUACAUUAUCUUCCUGCACACAUUGUCGCCAAGAAGCUUGGUAUCACUCCCAAUUUGUUAUCAAGAAUAACUGGCAGCCUCCUUAUACAACAGGGUUCCAGUAAAGAGUGAGUACACAUGUACAUAGUUAAUUCACUACAUUCAAUAACCACAUAUAGUCUCCAAUGAUAUAGUGAAGAACUUACCAGCUGCUCAUAUGUAGCUACUGCGUCGACGCCGAGGUCUAUUUCUCUUUCGUAAACGGUCUUUGCUAUUUUUGACGGUCGAUGCUACCAUUGCUAACCAAGCCUUUAUUCGUGAUAGAUGUAAUAUAUUCCCUGGACUAAGUUACAAUAAGGAAAAUAAUAUGAAUAAUAAUAAGAACGACGUUGAAGCCCAAGUUGAAUUUACGUUAAAAUUUAUGGAAAGGGCUAGGGUCACCUGUUAUUGAUGUACCAGUGACGAAAAACAGUUUGUUAGUUUAUGUACUUAAAUUUUUCGAAUUUUUGGCGGGUCGGCGUGUAGUGGUAAUGGAGAGAGAUAAGGGUAUGAAAGGUCCGGGUUCGACCCUGCAUUGCGAUUUUCUUUCUUUUUAAUAGAAACACUGUCAAUAACAGGUCAAGAUUACGAAACGCCAGACUCGCAUAGCAAUAUGGGUCAUUUUAUAAAACAUUACUAAUCUUACUCAUGAAACAACUCUUCUGUCGUAAAAUCAAAAGGCAAGCGUUUGUGUCGUUUUAUGCCAUUCUGUGGCGCUGGCAACCGCGAAGUUACGAAGUCAUGACUUGACGUUGCGAUCUUGUUGCGUAGGCUUGAGGCCUUAAAGUCUCCUGCAAUACACUGCGCUUACUUAUACGAACACAAUGUUUAUCUUGCAGUUCAACUGGAAGUGGCGCCAAGCUUGAUAUUGGGUUGAAUAUGAAGUUCAGUAAACAAAACAAAGAAGUAAGAUAAAGUAACUUAGUUUGUUUCAAGAACCGUGUAUUAGGCUCUUUUGGAGUAACAUUCCGACAAUCGACUGGCCUGAAAACAGCAAUAUGACAGUUCAUAUGGUGACAAACGAAACAAAGAGGGCUUGGACCUAACAAAAAAAAAAUAAAUAAAUAAACAAAAUACCAACAGGGACGUGGGACGCGAAACGAAGUGUUCUCAAAUGAACAUUUGACACAUAGCCUCCCCCCCCCCUCCCCCCGUCUCCCAAAAGAGGGCCUUCGUAGCUUUGGUUUGAGCAUGUGCGUGUUUUUGUUUAACAAAUGAAUUAAAUUUCCGUUCGCGUAGGUUCUCGGAUACGCAAGAAGGACUGAAGAAGGAGGUUGGACAUUCUCUCCUACUGCACGGAAGACAAUAGCCGACUAUUUAGCAAAGUAAUAGUUAUUCUCGUAUGAAUCCAGAAAAAAUAGAUUUAAAUGCAAAUUGUACACUGUCUUUUGUAAUGUAUUACAUUUCAAUAAGCAACGAGCUUUUCAGUGAGGUGGUAAUCUCUUCUUUCUUGCUGAUGCGGCGUUUUUUUUUUCCUAGUUGGUGGUUAUUGAUUUCUUCUCAUCAAACCUUCUUGAGAAUUUCUAGUUACAGGAGGAUUAUCACUUUUAUUUGUAUACAUUUACAUAGAAAUAGUAUUUUUCUUGUUAUGUUGCAGGUUUCCACAGCUGUUUGAGUCUCUAGCUAAGAUGUCCUCAAAUGAUCAAUACUUCGCAAACGAUUUGGUUGCAGGCGAAAAUGGGUGAGAUUCUUUGAACCCUUGACUUUAUGAUAAGAUGACAUUUUUUUGCAGUUCAUGUUGCCUUUGCCUUUGGUAAAACAGAUAUAAUGUUGUCAAUGCUCUUAAAUGAGAGUCUCCAGAUGACAUUUCAUGUAAAACAUUGCCUCCUCCUCUUUCUCCUUUUUCUCCCAAUUUGGCGAUGUAAUUAUGAGAAUUCAGACAAGUAAUGUAGUGAAAUCACUGAUUUGUUUGUCUAGGUCCUUAUCGGAGGUCCAGGACUGGUUAAAGACGGUACCUACGCUUAGUCUAGAACCCGUUAAAUGUGGAAACAGCAGCUUAGAUGAGCCAGUUGUGGAAGCUGUGGAGCAGGCCAUUCAGAAAACCAAGGUCAAUAUUAACCCUAACGUUUUGAUACUUUAUCUCGUUUUUGUUUUGCGAAGGCAACUAAUUCCGCCUUACUGAUUACGUUGAUUAAUUUGCAGGGAUAUGUUAUAUCCCUUCUUCCCUCCCGUCUUUGUUCUGUUACUCUAAUUUUAUUGCUUUCUGUAAAUGUUUGUUUGUGUGUGUGUGUAUAAUUUUCAGGAACUGAACCAGAAACCAAAAAGCGUCAAGGUUCGUGUGAGGCCACACCUCUUAUUUAGGGUGAGUAUAUUUCCCAUUUCUAUAUUUUAAACAGUUCUCUUGGAAACCAAAAAAAUACCAGUUGACCUGAUCAUUGUUAUAUAUUACAGCCUUCAGAGCAUUUAGGAGACAUCCUACCUGACAGUGAUGCAUCGUUCGAGUUAUUUGAUCGAGUUGUUAACGUUAAGAUGAAUGCAGCUGUUCCGUUUGGAUUGAGAGGAACUGUCACAGGCAUCCAUCGAGGUAAGUUAUAAUGAUUUAAUUUUCAGUUACUAAAAAACCCCUAAUUUCUUAUCUUCUACUGUUUGCAUUUAUAGGUGAUGAAUCAUCAGACGUGAUGUAUGAAGUUGUAUUUGAUGACUCUUUCCUGGGUGGACAGCCCCUGAGGUAUUGUAUUUUGCAGUGUUUAAAAUAACAAGUGCUCAAGAACUCAACCAAGAAACUGUCCGUUGUUGUCGGGAAAGUAAUUAAUUUCGACAUGAAAUGGUGUUACUUGAAACCUUAAUGUCAAAUAAAAAGCUACUGCAAGGAUGAAACAAUGUUAAAUAACCAGAGUAAUAUGACGUAAGACCAGUGUUGGUUUAUUCAGCAUAUUCUGUCUGUACAGGGUACAGUUUAGUUUGACCAAUACUGGUACAUGGUACAGUGUGGGUUGAACAGUAUUGGUACAUGCUAUUGACUGGGUGACUAGUAUUGGUAUAUUGUAUAGAUGGAUUUACCAUUCUUGGUAUGGGUUAGUGGGUACAGUGUGGGUUGACAAGGAUUGGUGCAUAGUAAAGAAAGGAUUAACCGUUAUUGUUUCCCUCAGGUGUUCGUCGAAUAAAGUAUACCUUAUGUCAGCGUCGUCACUUAUUAACAUCAGCUAUGGUGAUCGCUGUGAAGCUCAAAAAGUCGAAGAGAAGUCAACAGGGAAAAGUCAGCAAGCUGGACGCAGUGGAAGUACACCACCCACCAGAGCGCCCUUUAGUCCAAGUCUGGGUGCAUCACCCGAGCUCAGUGGCAAAAAUAACAACAGACACAACUCACCGGAAGUCAGGUUAAAUUCCUCAGGUGCGUCUGCUCGCUUCAAUUCGGGAUUUUUUUUAGAAAAAACCUUUUCACCACUUUACAUUUAUACCAUUACCGGCUAUAACCCGUCGUCUCUUUGUGCCAUGUUUUGUUUCCUUCAGGUGCCCCGCCGCCGGGUUUUGGCCGUGGUAUGUCUCCAAACAGUCCAUAUGGUGGUGGCUUUGGUUUGUCUAAUGGCAUGAAUUCUCUUGCUAGUCCUUGUCAAGCUAAUACUCGAACAAACACACCUCACAGCAAAACUAAACAACGAACACCAGUAAUUCAAGCUCGAGGAUCCCCGCAAGCGCAGAUUAAUAACAACCGAUCAACACAAAAGUGAGUCAGUUAUUUUCAUUUACGGUGUUUAGACCGUCAGCAGGAAUUUCUUAGCCUUUAUUCAUUGCAAGAUUAAAAGAGUCUUAUCACUUGGCCAGUUAGUUAUUUGAUUGUUACUUGUGUUUCUGUUAAUUCCGCGGUAAACGAGGAAACUGAUUACUUAUUGCAAUUUAUCAAUCAUUUUGUGGUGUCUCUAUUUGUUAACAGGACUGAUGAGCGGAUAUCCACGCCUCCAAGGUUUCAAAAGGUAAAAUAAUAGGGACCUUAAUCAACCACGACGACGACGGCAGUGAAAAUGUCGCUAAAAAAUGAAUUGGCGUUCUUUCAAACUUACUCGCGUCUAUUUGGACCCGCUCAAUAAGUCAAAUGCAGGCGACUUUUCCCGGAAUUGAAUUGUUAAGUAGUUUAUUCAAGUUCAAAAAAAGGAAGGAAAAUUCGUCGUCGUAUGUCCACGUCCUUCAUAAAACGUCAAAUUAGGAGGUUUCACGUCGUAAUCGGGCAAUGGACGUCAAAGAAAUGUACUAAAAAGCGUAAUGCACGUGCAGAGCUGUUGUUUUGAUCAUUAAACCUUUAUUGUUUGUUGAAGUUGUCGUCGUUGUCGUAGUAGUAGUAGUUGCUUAAGCUCCAUAAUAAACAAUUAUGAACGGUCAUGAACUCACUGAUACUAAAUGUAGUUCAAUGAAAGUUGAGUGAGGGUUUAUUUUAUUUUAUUUAAUUCACUCUGUCAGGUGCCAAAACCUACGAAUGGUCCAAGUGAAUUCGCCGAUAUGUGGAAAGAAUUAAAACUCAAAGAAAACUCUGCCAUUGACAGUGGUACUGACUCAGAAGAUGUGCAUUCUCCUGGAGAAAAUACGGCUGAGAAAACAGGCGAAACACUUAUCAAGGUCUGUCAAUCGAUCAUGCUAUCCCAAAACGUAUAGAUGUUUGUCAAGGGAUACGAUUUUCGUACAUUCGGAUUCAUAAACAUGAAAGUAUUAUUCAAAAUGAGGUCGCCCGGGAACGAGACUACAACUUUGAGCAUGUGCUGUGACGUCAGCAUUCACAGAAAUGUAUAUUUUGGUGAAUUUGAGCCCAGUCGAAACGGAUACAGUUACCUGUUUACAAAUUUUGGCUAUGUUGGCCUAAAUAUAUAAUUUUAUUUUUUUAAAAAACCCAUUCACGGACGUAAAUGUAUACCUGUGGACGUAGCGUUAGUUUCUUUUUGCUACUUUCGGACCAGGUUUUAUUUGUUGUCCGUCUUGUUUAAAACUGAAUAAAGUACAUAGUCUCCUGAGAUCAGGUGUUUGGAAAUAACUCAUCGUUAACUUGUUUCAGGACGGGACGCAAGCUCUCCGUGAAUUGCUCCAGAUUGGUGUAAAGCCAGUUGUUACUGAAACAGAAAAACAGAAAGAAAAGGAACAAGUUAAAUCUACGGAACCAUCAGUUCAUAGCAGCAGCGGCGGCGGAAGCGGAGCCAGGCAUCUGUCAGUUGAUGAACUUUUUCGCAGUCAAAGUGAGUUUAAAUCUUGGUUAUCAAAGCUCAAAACAAGUGUAUUAUGUUUUGAAUUAUCUUUUUAAUGGAGUGGUUUGUAUCGUGUUUAAGGCUCUGCACAAGCAGUUUCUCCUCAAGCUGUCGCGUUAUCGUCCGUACCUUACCAAGUUGGGUAAGUCAGAUUGAUCGUGAUUAGAACUUAUAUUUCCACUGCUUGUUAAGGAUUUUAGAGGUUUGUUAAGCUAAAGGAAUACACUCUUUUGAUCACAGAAUGUUUUUUUGUCCGUCCCGGCGGCCUUUGAUGGAUGGUUAGUUUGGUGGCGACGCUCCAUAUAGACUCCUGGCGACUGCUUUAGUUGCUUUUCACUAGUCUAACAUAUGUCAUGUAACUUUUAACCAAUCUGCCCCUCACCUGUAGAUGAGAGGGCUGAUACAAGGGUUUAAGCGAGGGAAGGUUAGGAGUGCUAGCUAGUUUGGUCGUGGCACAGAAUCCAGAUAACGCGCGGGUCGCUUUGUCGUACUAAUCUGAAAUACCUUCGCCCAACAUGUAGCCUCCAAGUUCUUGGUUUCUUGUGGCUCUCCGAGGUUCACCAGAAGAGAACUUUUCAUUUUUGUUCAUGUUCUCUUUAUUGUAGGACCUUGCCGUCUGCAGCCUUGCUGAACUGGUGCCGAUCUGUUGGUUUGCCCCCACCCUACUACCAUCGUACGCCAGUACCACGUCAGGUGGGUUAUCAUGCGCAUGCGUCACUAAUUUUACAUUCUCCACGACUGCUGUAAAUCAAUGGAACUAUUCUGGACUAAAUUGAUUUUACUCUCUCCUAUCGUGAAGCUUAACUGAACAACUUUAGAUUUGUUACCUUCGUUUUUUCUAGGGCGUGGUAGCCACAGUAGAGUUGGCCAAUGGAUUUAAGUUUCAUGGCAGUUUGUGUCGGGAUCAAAAUGAGGCUGUAGAAAGUGCAGCAUCUAUAGCGCUCUUUCAACUGGUAAGAAAGAAUUUGCUGUCAGUAAUAUUUCUAGCCCAUAAAAUAAUUACUGGACUGUUUGGCAUAAAGUGAUGAAGUUUGUGUAGCAGACUUUGCAGCAUAAUUUAGAAUAUCCUGAUUUCUCGAACCAAGAAUGAACUCUUGAUAUGAAUAGAUACAUUAGCUGACUGUAAAGAGAGAUAAAAAGCUAACAUUGCUUCCAUUUCAGCCUCGCAUCAUGCCUAACGUACCCAGUCCUCAACACUUAGCUAUGCAACAGCGUCCACAGCACUUUGCACCAGGCUUCUUUCCGGUUUCUCCGCCUGCUUUUGGGGGCUUUGUACCUAGCCCGUCUCUAAGGCAACACACUGUGCACCAACAGUCACCCCAAUCUCGACCCAGCGCAGGUGACCCAAGAGCAGUUGGUGCGUCAGGGAAAGAUACCGCGAAUCAAAUGCUAAGUGCGUCAGCGGUUCCUUUCAUUCCUCUUCAGGUUUGUUGAAUUUAAAAAUUCUCUUAAAACGAAAUGAUGCACUCCAUUGAUGAACAUUAAGGCACUCUAAUAUUCCUGUAUGUAAAUGUGGGUAUGUUGAUCGUAGUUAUAGGUUCAUCCUGGUGGUUGCACAGUUUGCACCUAUCGCCUGAAAAGAUUCAGGCUUACACAUUGUAACAACUUUAUUUGCUGAAAAGUAGAGAGCUAAAAUGACUGCGAAGAACUCAGUCGUAAUACAGGGCUUACUCCGCACUAAGCUGGGAUUCCCGGGCCCGGGCCUGGGCCUUUGAGCUAUAUAUGAACUAAUCUAGCCAACUGGAGAUCAGGUCAAGUGUGAUCUCCUGAUGUAAGCGAUCAUGGAAAUGAAGAGAGUUCAAAUCUAUGAAAUAUAUCUUAAAUUUAAACUGCGCAUGAAACAGUUGAAUGUGGAUGUCAUCCUCGCAGUUAAAUGAUAAACCGAAACAGUUGAAAAGACAGAAAACUUGAUAAAAACUAGGCUCUACCAAGGUGAAUGUGUAAACGAGUGGUGGUUAUUUCCGUGGUGCAUUUAGUUAUUAUAGCACACAAUAUAACCUUUGUAAUCACCCAUAUUUAAAGGAAUAACCCUAACCCACCCUAAUAAACUACAAAACAGUUCGGUGACCUCCUGAUAUGAAUGUUUGUUGCAGGUUACCAAGAGAAGUCACCAGUCCUCCCCGGCAAAACCGCAAAAGAGUACGAGUUUACCACAGGAACACUCGGUCAGCGGUAACUCUGAGCAAGACAGCAAUCUGGGUGAACGUCAAGAUGAUGUGGAUACAAAAAGCUCAGCUACACAAAGCCGAGUACCUGAGAACCACAGCCCACAGCCCCCCUGCACUGUACAGGAAAACAGUUUAUGUUCUCAGAGUGCGGACAAUUCUUCACCGUUACAGAAAACAGAAAGAACUAACGCUGCAUUCAGAAAAACUACUAACGCUUCCAAAAGACUUUUAGCUCCAAGCUUCUUUUCCAAGAAAAGCUGACAUCCGUGGUGUUAAAUAAUUUCAGUUUCAUUAUGUAUUUUUACUCUUUCAGUUAAAUGUGUUAUUCCGCGAUAAAAAGUGAAUUUUGGGUCAUGUACAGUAAAAACAAGCUGGCGAAGUUUUGUGGCUUCAAAACAAAGCACGAACGAAGCGAUUAAGGUUCAUGUGCCCUUAUUUGAUGCUGCUAUAUCGUGCGGUUAAAUUGCUGUUGUUACAAUGAACUUCGUACUUUUGUUCUUAGCGCGGAUGUAGUAACGGGGAUUAUUUUUAUUUACUGGUCUACCUGUGGCAGAGCCAGUCUAGUUAUAAAUGCUAAAUAAGGCUGUGACUCGCUUUGCCAAAAUUUUUAAUGACGUAAGCAUGUGAACCUCUUAUCAGACUGCUCGUACAAAUGUAGGAACAAAUACAAAAGGGGUCUUUUCAUGUGUUUGCGCUUAUGCUCUUCUGAGAAAAGAUUCGGGUUUAUCUCACUUAUCUUUUACAUUUGUUUUAUCCGUUUGCUUUCUUUGUGACGGAGUGGGGUAGGGUGGUAGCGGAUUGCAUAUCUCGAGUCAAGCAAAACAUCAUUACUUUUUACAAUUUAAUAGUCCU